AUGCUAUUCCAUAAGCAGCGACCCGGCGAGAUUAACAUCACCCAGUCUAUGUCACAUGAGCCACAGUCAUGUAACAGUAUCAGCGCCAACAAAAAUGACCUGGACAACAAUCACAAACAAAAUCAACGCAAACAGAUUGAAAACGAUAUCAAGGUUACGCUGGUCAAGACUGCGAAGUCCAGGAUGACCAACUUGCCCACACCAUGA